GUUCUCUGAAUUUAGACGUCCAUCAUAGUUUACGAGUAACCUGUACUCCACUACACUAAUUCUAAUAAGUCUAACUAGGGCCCUAGACAAAUCUAGAUCUAAUUAAACUAUAAAAGCUACCAUGAGCAAAAAUCAAAUACCAGCCACUGGAUCAGGUGGAGUUCGAGGUGAUGUUUCAUUUAUCAGAGCUACAUCUGGAUCAGGUCCUCCUGUGCAAAAUGUUCCAGUUGCAAGUGUUUCUCCAGAGAAAUUCAGCCCACAUCAUUCAAGUCAGGUUCCACCUGUAGGACCAAAGUCAUCUCAUGAUAUUCCAAUUCAACCUCACUUGUACCGCCAACAUCAUGUUCAGCAGAGAGUGCCACAACAGCCACUUAUCCAGCCAUCUUACCUUCAACCCUAUCACCCAGACCACAUGGAGCCCCAGCAGUACAUAAUAAAACAGCCUCAUGGUGCUGGAGGAGCCAGUGGGGACCCAGUAGGGCGUGUCCCAUCACACCCUGGCGUUGAAGGCUGGAGUGACAGAGAAGAGGCUUUAUCAACUGAGCUAGAAGAAGCUAAAAUUAGGGUAGCCCAAAUGGAGAAAACUAUGAGAUGGUGGUCUGACUGUACCUCUAACUGGCGGGAAAAGUGGAACAAAGCAAGAAAUGAGCGAAACAAGGCCAGAGAAGAAAACAGGUUACUUCGUACAAAGCUAGAAGCCAUGGCUAAAGAGCUGUCAAAGUUAAAACGUGAGAAGAGAGAUACAUUAUCAGAUAUUGAGAAGGCACAUGAUGGUAACUUGUCACAAACAUCUUCAUCCUUGUGCCAUUCCCAGGAGAAACUGGUGGAGUUGUCUGAAAAAGAACGGACUGUACUAGCAUUGUCCAAUGAGAAAGAAUCAGAGAGUUUUGAUGACUUAAGUGAAACUUCAUCUUCUGUGUCCAAGCCAUCUAAGGAUCAGCAAGAGGACAGAGAUGCAGAUGAGACAGACACAGUUACCACCCAUGAAGGGUCAGCUCCAAGUGAAAGCAGCAUCAAAGUGACAGAGAUGUCUGAAAGGCUAGCACUAAUGCAAGAAAAACAAGCUCAAUUGGAACAGACUCUAGCUCAAAGUUUGCAUAAAGUCGCUCAAUCAGCAGAAAAUGUUGUGGAAAUGCAAAGACGCCUUGAUGAAGCCAAUAGCACAAUUCAGUCUGAAAGAUUAGAAAAAUGCAGUCACAUGAAAACAAUAGAGAAGCUUCAGAAGGAAAUGAGAGAGGCUCAGAGUCGACUCAAUGAAGAAGCUCAAGGCAAACAAGAUUUGAAAAUGCAGAAAAGCACAGAUUCUGACCUUUCUUUAGAGGGGUUUGACAGACUGAAAGAGCAGCAUCAAGAGGAAAUAAUCCGAUUGACUUCCGACCUUGAAGAUGAGACACUUUCUAGAACUACUAUGGACAAGCGGGUGACAGAGUUAAGAAGAGAGCUGGAACGCAUCCAAGCAGAGAAUGCAAAUGAAUGGGCUAAACGAGAACACUUAGAAUCUGACAAGCUUGCUUUAGAAAGAGACAAUAAGAAACUGCGUUUACAGAUUGCUGAUCUUGAAGAGGAAGUAAAAAAACACAACCAGGCUUCAAUAUCUGCAGUAGACUUAGAUUUGAAAACUUUACAGCUUGAAGUAUUUGAAAAAUCCAAGGAGUUGUCAGAUUUGAAGCAUGUUCACAGCAAACUCAAAAAAGUUUUGACAGAGAGAAACACUGAGCUUGAACAUACCAGACGCCGAGCAGAGAUGUACGAGGCUGAAGUCAGGAAGUUGAGGAGCAGAGUGGAUGAAUUGAAACAUGACCUCGGGGUUGCAGAAGAUGAGGUUGACAAGCAGGGCAAUGCUGCUCGUAAAGCACAAAGAGCAAGUGAUGAACUCCAGGCACAGGUGGAAAGCUUGCAGGUUCAGGUCAACCAUCUGCAGUCUAGGUUAAGGAGAAGUACAAAUAUACCACCUCCAAGAUCAACCAGUCUCAAGUCUUUGACCUUGGAGGACUCCACAGAUCAAGCAGAUAGCAGGGGAACUAACCUAGUAACAUCUUAUACUCCCUAAAUGAGCCUGCCUGGUUAUGGAACCUUUGCUGGAGCAUAGUUGUAGAACUUGAACAGAACGGCUUACUAAAUGUCUUAGCUGCUGAUAGUUUUUGUGUGUGAUGAGUGCUAUGUAUAGUAUUUCAUAUCUACACUCAUAUUUGGCAUGAUAACAUUUCAUUGUUAGGCAAGAGGAAGGUUUGCAUUUCUAGCAUGUCAGAGAUUGCAUAAUGCAUUCUUUUACUUUUGAAUGUCAUAGGAUCAUUUUUUGGCGUUUGGAAUGCUGUUUAUUCUAUCCUCUACCAUCCAAAGGUCUGCAAUAUAACUCUUUAUACUAUUAUCAGCAGUUCAAGAAAGUAAACUAAACUUUAAAUGCAUCUUUUACUAACUUCAGCUUGUUUUUAAAAAAAAAACUUUUUUAAAAAUGAAAAUCAGGAGCUUAUAGUUCAAAUGUCAUUCUUCUUAGCCUUCUUUUUUACCAUUUUUUUUUCCCUAUGUAAAAUUUUGUUCAACAAAAUUGAACAAAGUUUUCAUGCAUAAUUUUAUUCCUGUAUAAUGUUAGUUUGGGGGCAUGGUGGCUUAGUGGUUAAGCCCUUGGCUUCCAAACCUGGAGUCCUGGGUUGGAAUCUUGGUGAAGACUGGAUUUCAGUAUUUUUAAGGCAUCCCUGAGUCCACCCAGCUCUAAUGGGUACCUGAUUUGAGUUGGGGAAAGUAAAGGCAGUUGGUCGUUGUGCUGGCCACAUGACAGCCUGCUUGUUAAUCGUUGGCCAAAGAGAUGGAUGACCUUAACAUCAUCUGCCCUAUAGAUUGCAAGGUCUGAAAGGGGAACUUUACUUUACUUUUAUAAUGUUGGUUUUCUUUUUAACAUCACAAUCAAUUUUCAGUUAUGUUAACUUGGCUAUUAUAAUCUUCUGACCUACUUGGACUACACCUGGUCACUGAACAGUAUAGAAGAAUUUAAAUUGUCAUUGUAGGCAUUUUACUGUGUGAAUGCAUGGUAUUCUUUCUCAUUGGACACAAUUAAAGGUUGGAACUGUGAAGCUCUUUCUCCUAAUAUGUUUGUUGUAAUAAUAAUAAAAUUGUCUGUCUGGUAAAAGGUCUGUACACAUUAUUUCUCCCACACCCAAUCUCGGAUCAAGAUGAAAUUUUCACCAUUUUUUCUUGUACCUGACAACAAGAGAAUCAAUAAAAAAAGAUUAACCAAUUAGUGAACUAACUAUUGAUACUUAAUUAUUUUGUUUGGUAUCAAAAAAUGUACUUGACUGAAUUGGCGUUAUACUUAGCUUAAAAGUUUUAAACAAACAAUUAAUAACUUUAAAACUUUCUAUUUUCAUAAGCACUUCCUGGCACAAUGGUUAAUGUACUGGCUUGAGGAGGCUUGAGCUCUCAAGUUAGCCCCCUUCUUUCAUCCCCCCUCCUUUUCUAACUCCACCAGACAAGUGAUAGCGCACAUUAAGAAAGCGAAAAGCAUGAAAUUUGGCCAAAGAAAAACAG